GGCUGCACCAUCUACCCCAUCCUGAGCUCGGCCCUGCGCAACCCCCAGCACUUCAAAAACCCCGAAGCCUUCGACCCCGGCCACUUUCUGGAUGAAAAAGGGGAGUUCAAGAAGAGCGAAGCCUUCAUACCUUUCUCCGCAGCCAAGCGGAUGUGCGUGGGGGAGAGCCGGGCGCGGACGCAGCUCUUCCUCUUCCUCACCGCCAUCCUGCAGCACUUCCAGCUGCGCCAGCCCGCCGGCUGCCCGCGCCCCGACCUGCGCCCCGAUGUCAGCGGCAUCACCAACAUCCCCCAGCCCUUCGAGCUCUGCUUCUGCCCACGCUAA